AUAAAGAUGUUGCGGCCGCAUUUCUUUGCUUAUAUCCGAAAAUUUCCCACGCAAAUCAGGGGACCACCGUGAUGCGUGCUCGGGAUGUGCAGACCUGCACCCGCUGCCGUUCAGCCAAACGACAAUGCGACAAACUUCGACCUUGCUCACGCUGCCACAAAGCCAAGGCUGAAUGCAUCUACGAAGGACAGACCUCAGAAACGUCACCACUUGAGUCUUCCAGCCGCUCGGAAGGAGUUUCCGAUACCGCAUCUAAAGCUUCUUCACCUCACUCGGUUAUUAAAAGACGCUCCCGAGCCUGUUUUUCCUGCACAAGAUGCCAUCGGCUCAAGAUCAAGUGCGAUCGGAGAGCUCCGUGUAGCAGAUGCACACGAUCUGGAUACGAAACGACAUGCAUAUAUACGCAUAGAUUAAACAGGUCCGAGAAGUCGACGUUGCCGUCAUCUCUCUUCGCAAUUGAGGACCCCGAGUUUGUUGUCGCUACCUGGUUUCUACGAAGACGAGGUUCGGGUCAUUUUAGAGCCCUCUUAGAUCGGUUGGAGGCACUACCCGGGCUGCAGGCGCCGCCUUUCGUCAUGGCUAUGCGAGAGCACGUUGCGGGAAAUUGUUCAAGCGACUUUGCGUUGGCUGGUAACUUUCCGUUAGGUAGUCCGGAGUCUCAGUCGUACGCUUCACUCGACAGAGUACAGAAGCUUUUACACAGCUCAACAUCAAAUGCUACUCUCUACGUCGAGGCAUAUUUCCGGGUGUAUAAUCCCUGUUUACCGAUCCUAGACCCAUCUUCGUUCAUAUCGAAGAUGGAGAGUGGUCACGAUACCCAAGUAGAUCCUAGCUGGCUUGCGCAGUACUUCGUAGUACUGGGCCUCGGAUCCUAUGCUUUGGCUCGCGAUGAAGUGGCUUCUUCGGAAUACUUUUACGCCAGCGAGGCUUGUUUGGCGAAAACAUCAUACAUGUUUCGUCCGACCGUCAUGCACAUUUCCACUUUAUGUUUGAUGGUUCUGGCGAAGUCGGUAGCUUAUGCAACGUGCUGGGCUCUAGAUACCAGUUGGAACGUUAUGGGUCUCGUCGUCCGCUUGUCCAUGUCGAUGGUACUACACAAAGACUGGAUGCCAGGAUACGUGGAGCCGGUGAUCGCCCACGAAAGAAAACUUCGGCGGCACUUGUGGGUGGUGGUUGUAUAUCUGGAUAUACAGAUGUCUCUAAUCACUGGCCAGCAAUCGCUAUUGCCGCAAGAUGCUCUUCUGAUCAGUACAGAACCAUGCGACCCAUCUAUGUUGGAAGAUUGCUUCGAUUCCGUUGUACCUCAAUCGUUUCCAAUCAUCUGCCAUUUUCUGGCUCGAAUCAACUCACAGAUUGACCAGAUUACUUACGAAGAGGCAAUCCAAUACGACCUUGAGUUACGACAGCUCAUGCGCCAAACUUCAGAUUUGCCUGGCAACGAACACUUGCGUUUAACGCUCGAUGUCUUCUUCCGUCGCGCACUGUCGGUCCUCCACGGACACUACGCGCUAGCUCAUAACGCUGCUGUCAUAUAUCCUGUCUCAUAUUGGUCGUCUUUCGACUGCAACCUUGCAAUGAUGAGGCAUCACCAAAGUCUGUCGUCAUCGUCAUCAGAGCAAAGCUCAGAUUUAGGAUUGGUCGCACAACCCUAUAUGUUGGACUUUUUUGCGGCUGCACUAACGACUUGUGUACACCUACUCUCCACGUCUCCACCAACUGACAUCCUGCUGCCGGAUCGCCCAACUAUAUCUCGCAGUUUGGAGAAUUGCGUGAAGCUCAUCGGAAGGGAAGAGAGCAAAUCACUAUGCUUUCGCACAGGAUACCAUCUGCUCAGUGCUGUGUUUGACCUGACGUGCAAACACAGUCCCACUGGCCAGUCUACAGCUAUAUAG